GUCGGGGCAGGAACAGCGGACGAGGACGCAUGAACGAUGGCGGCAGUGGCAGCAGGCCUGGCGGCAUCGGAAGAGCAGCCGCCCCUACUCGAUACGAUGCUCCUCCGGCUCAGAUGAGUGAGUUGACUCCUUGGGAGUACAUUGUUCAAUUUGCUAAUCCUCGGAGACCGUCCUAUGCCCGCUUCUUCGCGUGCUGUUUUCACGCAGCCGGAAGUCAAUCGAGCCAGAGUCCAGCCUUCCGCCGUCACUCGCGUCAAUCCCGCUCUCGCGGAUUGGCUGGCAAACACAAAGUCUCCUCAGCCUGGCCUCGCAACGCCUGCGACACCUGCGAUGCCGGCGAUGCCGGCGAUGCCCGCGAAUAUGGUUCCUGCUCGCUCUGAUGUUCCAAAAGCAAUCAACCAGGACCUCGCCAACUGGCUUACGCCCAAGCCUAGCCCGGUUGCCGCUCCUCCCAAGGAGACUCCGAACAGCCGUGCCUCGUCAAGCGUACCUGUCGCCAAGAUUGAUAGCCCCGAGACAUCGAAAGCCGCCGUAUCCGGAAACACUGAAGCCGUCUCUCAAUCUAGCGCUCCUCCGCUUUCUCUGGAAGAGGAGGCUGUCGUCCCUCCAGAGACGACCGUCCGUUCGAAGCCCAGUGGCUUAGGAAGGAGCUUGCGGAUCGCUCACGAGGCGAAAGUCAUCAGGGAGCAGAACAAUAUGAGCGGAGUGGGAACUACUGCCAGUUCCAACUUGAAUGCCAAAGCUUUCGCUCUUUUUGCCGAAGACAUUGAGUUGGUGCCACAGCCGCAGUCUAACCAGAAUGGACAGGCUCCUAGCCUUCAUGAAACCGUUGACAACAAGCAAUAUGCUGAAGCCUCUUUCUCCACGAAGACUGAGACCUCUGCUGUUAAGCCAGAGCUCAAGUUCGGUUCCGUCGAAUGGGCUCUGGCGCAGCUCGAAAGUGGUCGGGAACUUCCUGGCCACCAUGAGUUCCACGCUCGGAUGGCUCAAGAAGUCGGAAACAAGUCUGGCGCUGUGCCCGUCACUGAUGCUCACUCCGGAAUUAUCAACAACACUGAGUCCUUCAUUGAGCAACAGGAGACGACCGACAAAAAGAAAGCAGCGGAGCCUCGGAUGCAGGAACCCUACUGCAACUGCCCUAAGAGAAGCCACCCAAUUAUUGGCUUGGCGGCUUCAUGCUACAACACGGAUUCUGACGGCGAUCAUGACCUCACUCGCAUGAAAGGUGCGUCAGAUGCAGUGAAGAACAAGUUCGCAGUCAACGUUAUCCUCCACGAGCACUCGAACCCCGACUGCCCCAAACUGCUUCAGGCUGCUGCCCAAUACCCUCUGCACUUCGGCGCUAGCCCUGCCGCUGUUGAUGACCCCGACGAUCAUCUACAGGUCAUUCAAUGGAAGGAUCCGAACGGCUUAUCCGGUCCCUCGAAGAGCGUGCCCGUUCGGAAGAUUAAUUCAUCUGGCCAUCAGAACAACUCGACCGGCGCUUCGAACAACUUGGCUGUCGCCUUCAACAACUCGUCCGGUCCUCCUUUGGCUGGUGCUCCAAUCCCACAGCCGUCUGCCCAUCGCCGCAGAGGCAUCAACGACUCGAUGUGGGCCUGAAUCGUUCUUGAGAUGCAUUUCCCACCGUUGCCGACUCUGGACUAUUUCAUCGAUGCCCUGUUGUGAUAGGGCAGCAAUUGCGAAUUCUUUGAGGGGCACUACUCUGAUAUGAAAUGGACGCGAUAAGGAUAGGCAAACUUCCGCAGCCGUGUCCUCAGAUUGUUGAAGUUACGACAACGUCUCUGAUCUCUCAGCGCUCUUCAAUGAUGCCUUGUAGCGGCAAGACCUUGAGCUGCUACAGAGAAGGGGCAAGGAGGAAGCCCCUAAGCAUCAGCGUCGGAAGAUCGUGAGAAUUCAACGAGGCAGAGACUUUUGAUGAUGAAGAUGAUGAUGGAAGGUUGGCUUUGAUAUUGGCUUUGGGGGUUUCUCGACUUGGGGAAGCGG